AAAAGUUUUCGUUUUUGUUUGGAAGAGAGUGAUCUUUUUUUGAAGCUAUUCCCUUUGUCCGGUUUAAAUUUCCUUGCUUCAUCCUUCCACAAUGGCUCCUCCAUCCGGAAAACGUGUGUGGAAGGCUCCUUUCACAAUUUCAAAAAUGGAAGUGAAGGACGUUCGAUUCCCAACGUCGAAAGGAAAGCAUGGAUCAGAUGCUAUGCACAAGGACCCGGAUUACUCCGCGGCGUACGUCGUCCUUCACGCCGAGGGCACAGAGCUGAAGGGGCACGGCUUUACCUUCACUCUCGGGCAAGGCACUGAUAUUGUUACCACUGCCGUGCGCGGUCUGGAGCAGUUUGUAGUGGGCCGUCGCCUGGAGAAUAUCUACAAUGCAUUCGGUGCUUAUUGGCGCGAGCUGACAAGCCACAGCCAGCUGAGAUGGAUUGGACCAGAGAAAGGUGUCAUCCAUCUUGCCACUGCCGCUGUCAUCAACGCACUCUGGGAUUUCUGGGCAAAGAUUGAGGGCAAGCCGGUUUGGGAGCUUCUCUCCUGCAUGAGCCCUGAGGAGAUUGUCUCUCUUAUUGACUUCCGUUACCUAACGGACACGAUCACACCAGAAGAGGCAGUUGAACUGCUUCGUUCAAAGUGGUCGGAUGAAGAGGCACGCAAGAAGAGAAGUGAGUUUGUUCCUCUUGGUCCAUGCUCCAUUCUCUCCUCUUUGCUAAGUUCCAGUCGCUGUCUUGAGGCAUUGAAGGCCGGAUUCACUCGCUUCAAGGUGAAGGUUGGACAAAAUGUGGAGGACGAUAGACGACGCUGCGCCGCCAUCCGUGACAUCAUUGGCUACGACAAACCCCUGAUGACAGAUGCCAAUCAAGUAUGGGACGUGAAGGAAGCCAUCACCCACAUGGCACAGCUGGCCGAGUAUAAACCUCUGUUCAUCGAAGAGCCUACCUCUCCCGACGAUAUCCAUGCCCAUUUGACUAUCCGCAAGGCGCUUUCUGCGUACGGUAUCAAGGUAGCCACUGGCGAGCAGUGCUGCAACCGUGUCAUGUUCAAGCAGUUCCUGGAGGCACGUGCGUUUGACGUGUGCCAGAUUGACAGCUGCAGAAUCGGCGGCGUCAAUGAAAUCCUCUCCGUCAUUCUUAUGGCCGGCAAAUUUGGAGUGCCCGUGUGCCCCCAUGCUGGUGGUGUUGGACUGUGUGAGCUGGUACAGCACUUGGCCAUGUUCGACUUUGUUGCUGUCAGUGGAACACUGGAGAAUAGGUUCAUUGAAUUUGUCGACCAUCUUCACGAGCACUUCUUGGACCCAGUCAACAUCACCAAUGGUCAUUAUAUCGCCCCAACUUUGCCUGGUUACAGUGCUGAGAUGAAGCCACAAUCACUGGACGAUUACGAAUAUGGCAAGGGAUGCAUGUGGACCACACAGCAAUAAGGUGGUGUGGAUGCUUAUUUUGGAUUGAUUUCAACAGGGACAUUUUUAGGAAACGUUUUAUAAUUGGCAGUUUUAACGAUAAUCAUUUUCAUGCUUCUCUUUCUUAUUCUGAGGGGUCUCUCGUCUCUCUGUAUUAACUCAUACCUGGAUUUUGUCAAAUUAAUUUAAGUAAUCUUGAGGAAUGUAUUUCUCAUGGUAUAUUUCUUACUCAUGAAAGAACAAAUGGAAUGGAAUGGUUAUGGAAAUUUGAA